AAUGUAAGUAAAAUCCGGCCGAAAAGAUCUAUAUUUUAACUCUUGAUCUCAGUAUUUUUCAAGUAUAUCUGUAUCCUGAAUUAUCUUCAUAUGAAGYCUUUGUUCUAUUUAAUACUCGUGUUUUAAUACUCGUGAUUUAAUGAACGGAAACAAGUGUGAUCUCAUUGUAGCAGGUCCAGUACGUGUCAGGUGACAUCCACAGUUGUGUGUCGAAGCACGUCUAAAAGUUCUAGAGGAUCACUUGGUGUUUUGUUUGACAAUUUGAAGAAUAAUUUGAAUAAAAUGGCAGAUUCUAAAGGAAAAGUUGCCAUUAUUGGAAGUGGCCUCAUUGGAAGAUGUUGGUCAACAUUGUUUUGCAGUGCCGGGUACAGUGUUGUUCUUUAUGACACUGUUGCCAGCCAGCUCACAAGUGCCAUGGAAAGUAUAGAAAACCAGUUGAACCAGCUAGAAGAGAAAGGUUUGAUGAAACGUGAAAUUAAGACAGCAGCUGAAGCUUUCAAACUUGUUUCUUCUUGUGAUGAUCUGGAGAAAACACUGGAUGGAGUGUUUUAUGUCCAGGAAUGCACUCCAGAAAAUCUUGAUCUUAAAAAGRAAGUCUUCUCUAGCCUUGAUCAAAGGGCAACUAACAAAGACAUUAUCCUUGCAAGUUCUUCAUCUUGCAUUGUGCCAUCCAAGUUCACUGAUGAUCUCAAGCUCAAAACUAGAUGCCUUGUAGCACAUCCAGUAAAUCCCCCAAACUACAUCCCCUUGGUAGAAGUAGUUCCAGCCCCAUACACAGACAGCUCAGUGGUUGAAAAGACAGUCACUCUGAUGAAAGACAUUGGACAGGCACCCAUCGUUGUGAAGAAGGAAGUCAAUGGUUUUAUACUCAACCGAUUGCAGUAUGCCAUCAUCAUGGAAGCCUGGAGACUUGUUGAGGAUGGAGUGUGUAGUCCAGAGGAUGUUGACACAGCCUUCACUCAGGGACUUGGAUUGCGGUAUUCYUUGAUUGGUCCUCUGGAAACCAUGCACCUUAACGCUAAUGGUGUUCGUGACUACUGUGAAAGAUAUGGAGCAAAURUCGAGAAAGUCUGUGAAGAGGAGGGUAGUCCCAGGCCUCUUAGUGGUCCCACGUUAGAUAAACUCGAGGAGGCCUUUGCCCGAGAGAUUCCACUAGAAAAACUUAACGAGCGACGAAAAUGGCGGGACGAAAGGCUGGCRGCUCUCACUGUGCACAAAAUGGAACAGAAAGAAAAGGAAGAAAAGAAAGCUUGAUUAUUCGCCUGGUUUUCGCUAGAACCUUGGCCUUGAAGUACCACAUUGCAAUCCCAAGACGUGUGGGAUUGCUCGUUAUGAUCUUGCUUUGAACUACAGCACAGCAAUGCUUUUUUGAAUCCAAGACGGAAUUUUUCGUUAAAAGUCGCGUAAAUACAGGGAUUUAUGAAGCAGUUUAYAUUGUUUAUAAGCGCGGUUAUCGAUAUUCCCCAAAACUUUUCCUCCGCUGUCAAGCUAUCUGGGUGGAAAAACCGGACCAACAGGUAAAUCUGGAUUGGCAGCAUGCAAAGUGCAAAGGAUAUCACCACGGUGAUCAUCAUCUUGGUCACAUGACGUGAUGUCUUGAGCGCRUGCGCUUGAGAYACCUCGAGUGGAUUUCCUGGGACACGACGCAUGUACAAAUUUCGUCCAAUGAUGGCGUAAAGGGUGCUCAUGAUUAAUAAUGGAAUAAUGAACGUCACGACGAAGCCAACGAGGAUAUAGAGCUUGCUGAAGCCUGUUGCCAUGACGACGACACAAAACGAAGCUCCGCUGUCCAGUGUGAUCAAUUUGUAGGACUUCAUCGGAGGGAUGCACACAGAAAUAGACAGAAUCCAUAUGGCAAAGAUGAUAUAUUUGGUCUUAUCAGAAGUGGCCCUUCUCUUAAGGGGGCGCACUACCGCAUGGUAUCUGUCUAUCGCUAUGGCAACAAGGCUGAGAACUGAGCAGGCGACAGACACCAGUCGGGAAGACAUGACCACCUUGCACGUGAUCAGGCCAAAGUUUCCUCCGAGCCACGAGUAUCCGAUGUAGAGUUGGAUCACCUGAACAAGAAAAAUUGUUAACUUUUAGCUAGCGUUUCGAAUAAUUUUUUUUUACUUUCGGCUAAGUACUUCUCAUAUCAUUGAUUCUUUAUGCCAGUACAAUCUUUAAAACGAGAUCCGGCGUUUCUUCAGUCAGMACCUCUUGUUUAUAAUUCUCGGUGCUGACGCAGAGGAUCGCAGGCUCCGAGGAAGCUUGGUGACAAAAAUAAUUCUGAAACGGAAGUACUUCAUGAGAUAGUUUCUAAAAAGAAGUUUUCUGUCAAGACUUACCUGAGAUGGAAUGAAAAGCAAAGCGAUCAGUAAAUCUGAGACUGCCAUAUUGACUAUCAGGAUAUUAGUUGUAGUACGCAUGCGGACAUUUGACCGCACGAUGUGGAUCACCAGUAUGUUACCUAGCAACGCUCCUAGCAACACUAAACCAUUAACUGUUGUUAGAGAAGCUUUGAUGGCGGGUUUUACGCUUGGAGCAGAAAACAUAUGAUAACUGACGCUCUCUGGAAAAAGAGAUAUUAAAAUCAAUUAUAUAAUCAUGUGAUCCAAAUCUGAUUGGUUUAAUAAAUGAUUCUAAAUGAC